CCCCUCCCCUCCCAUCCCCUCCGGCGACCCCUCCUCUUCCUGCCGCCACCAUGCCGUCGAUAUUGAGCGACGACGAUAAGGAGACGGUCAAGCGCUUCGUCCCCAAGCAGACCAACAAGAUCCAGGCCGUAGCUGUUGCUAGGCUAUACGUUGCUUACCCCAACCCCGCGAGAUGGACCCAAACAGGAAUUCAGGGCGCCAUCGUCCUGUCAAAUGAUCUCGUCGGCAACACAUACUGGCUCAAGAUGGUGGAUAUUUCAUCUGGAAACCGCGGUGUCAUCUGGGACCAGGAAAUAUUCGACACGUGGAGCUACAAUCAAGAUCGCACUUACUUCCACAGCUUUGAAAUUGAAGAAUGUCUCGCCGGCCUCUCCUUCACCGACGAGAAGGAAGCGAAGCAAUUCAAGAAGAAAAUGGACGAUAGAGAAAAGAACGCAAGCAGAGCCACGAGGUCGACACCAUUUGGAGGUGCCUCCCAGGCUGCCGCACACAAACAUGGUUUACUCGGAGGUCUCUUUGGUGGCCGACAUGCUGCGGCACCUACCCCUCCCGACUCCCCGCGGUCGAACCUGCCACAUGGCCGUAUGCCUUCUCUGAAUGGUGGCCAUAAAUCUUCAGAAUUCGCUGUUCUUGAUGCCUUCGACCCUCAAUGGCGGGAGAAUUUCGGCCAAGAUCUCCGAGAUAAGGGACUGACGGAUGAGUUCAUCAAGGAGAACCAAGAGUUCAUUGUUGAAUUCUUGAAGGAGGAGCAAGAGAAACUAAUGGCUGGCGCUCGGAGUCAUGCUCCUCCUCCGCCUCCUCCGCCAGCUCCUCAUACAAAUGGUCUUGAACUUCGAAACGGAAGAGCGCCUCCUCCGCCGCCUCCUUCAGGGGGAAGUCAUUCAGACGGCCCACGCCUACCACCGCCUCCGCCCGCCCCCAGGCGCGGCGCAGCGCCGCCUGCACCCCCGCCUGCUAGGAGGUCAGGAAAAGCAGAGACGCCUGCUGUCAAUAGAGAACCGACACCCCCGAGCGAACCUCCAGCGCCAGAAGCGUCAAGAAGUCGAUUCGCUGUACCGCCUCCUCUACCAGAUGCCGGCAAACUCGCACAUGCUUUGGGAGGUUCAGUCAACGCCAUACGCGGUGGGCCAGCAAACCCUGGGCCCCCUCCUCCGCCACGACCACCCAAAACGCCAAUGCAGGAGGAAGAAAGGCCUGCUGGUCACAAAUUCGGCGUACCGCCCGCAUUUCCCGGGGCAAGGCAGGGUCCACCACCUCCGAGUCGAGGACCUGUCCCGCCGCCGCCGCCCCCACGUUCGGAUGGCCCGCCACUUCCUCCGAAAGCUCCGGCGUCAGAGGCACCACCGUUGCCGCCCUUGUCUUCACGACCUGUGCCACCACCUCCUGCGCUUGGCAGUCCGCCUCUGCCUCCUCCACCGCCGCCAUUGCCAUCAUCAAGCGCUCCUCCUCCGCCGCCUCUCCCCACCUCACCGCCACCUCUCCCAACAUCGAAUGCUCCCCCGCCGCCGCCAUUGCCCUCCUCCAAUGCACCUCCGGCUCCUCCUCUACCUCCGUUAAACAACGCGCCGCCUGCGCCCCCUCCGCCGCCUCCCGGAGCAGGGGCACCUCCCCCUCCGCCGCCUCCCGGAGCAGGGGCACCUCCCCCUCCGCCGCCUCCCGGAGCAGGGGCACCUCCCCCGCCGCCACCACCUCCGCCCCCGGGAGCCUUGGGCGGACCUCCUCCACCACCCCCUAUGCCCAACCGAGACUCUGGGUACUCAUCCGGUGUUCCCGUUCCUCAACCGGACUCUUCGCGCUCGGCCGUCUUGGGAGAUAUUCAGAAGGCUGGUGGUAUCAGGGCGCUGAAGAAGGUGGAUCGGAGUCAGAUCCGCGACAGAAGCAAUGCCACAGUUGGUGGCGGUAGUGACAGUGGUCCUCAUGGAAGCGGCCUGCCUCCAGCCGGCGUGGCACCUGGUGGUGGUGGUGACAUGGCCAACGCUCUCGCCGCUGCACUCCAGAAGAGAAAGGAGAAAGUUAGCAGAAGUGACGAUGAGAGGAGCGAUAACGACGACUGGUGAUCGAUGUGUGCGUGAGGCUCGAGGGAAGAGUAUAAAGAAAGCCUUCGGGCCAUAUCGAAACGGUACCGCAAGUCGAGACCUAGGCUUCUCAGACGAUUUGAAGCAGUAUUACAUCGUAUUCGAUUCUUGGCUAUCCAGAGUGACAGCUGCACAUUUAGGGAUUAGGCGGGCGGGUACGGUCAAAAAGCAUCACAGUUCUUCGGUUGGUCAAACCCGGGGUACCAAAGAGAUGCUCGGCGUGUCCGCCGCAUCUGGAGACGGCAGUAGGGUAGAAAUAGGACAAUAUUGCUAUUGUAGCAAGCCCGCUGGCCGCAUGUAAGAAAUUGGAACCAAACAAAAUUCAAAUGCGUCACGCCAUCUCCUUGUUACACAGGCUCCUCGUUCCAGUAGCUGCUCGUUCUGACAUGUCACUUUGAGUGAGAGAGGCAAGCAAGAUAUGAUGAACUUUGGCGAGCGGCGC